UGAUACGUGUGUUUGAGGGGUUGGUGCGGCGUGUGUUUGUGCUUCGGCUCGGUUCUGCGGCACCCAUGGUCGGUGUAGCGGGUCUGUGAUGCUCCGGCGGGUUCGAGCGGAGCUCCGGCAGGCGGCGGAUCAGAUGGCGAGAAGACCCGAACUGUGCUGCGGGGCGAUAGCGCUCACCUGUGCGCUCAUACUGCCUAUAACAUUCACCUGCGGUCCGGUGAAGAACGUGGUGGCGGCCGCUCGCACCCCUGUGAGCUUUUUCCCUGAAGAGGUUCCAGUGGUGGAUCUGUUUCUGGGUCAGUUGGAUGAGGCGGAUCGGCUCAGAGAGGAUGCUGAUGUCUCCGUGAUGUUCUAUUACGCCCCCUGGUGCGCUCACUCCAUCACAGCACGACGGCACAUCCAGCAUGUGGCCCUUCGGCUCGCGCAGCAGGUGCAGUUCAUAGCGGUGAAUUGUUGGUGGCAUUACGGCAAAUGCAGAAAACAGAAGCGCUUCUUCCAGUAUCCCAUAAUUCAUGUGUACUACAGGAGUUUCGGUCCGAUCGAGUACAGAGCUCCGGUUCAUUCAGAGUAUCUGGAGAGUUUUAUUCAGAGGGUCUCGCAUCCCCUCACAUACCUGCCCACCCAGAAAGCCCUGCACACCUUUCUCAACCACAAGAAGCAGCAGGGUGUUGUGGGUUAUUUUGAGUUUGACUCGUCUCCUCAGCCUGCUGGAUACCUCGUCUUCCUGAUUUCAGCUCUGAUGGCACUCAAACGAGAUCAUCAAGGGGCGGUGCGGUUCGCGGUGGUAACCAAUCAGGCGGUGGCAGAGGGCGUUUCGCUCACGGAGGAUGAAAGUGUGUAUUUACAUCGGCGUUUGAACAGUUCACUGGUUUUCCCACGGGCUCACAGGAACUUGACCGCUGAAGCUGUCUGCGAUUGGGUGUAUGAAAACAGGGAAAGCGUCAUCCACUGGAUUCACCCAAUGGGAGCAAAGAGUUACUUGCUGGAGGCGGAGCUACUGAAAGGCCCCGCCCUUCUCACGUUCCUUCCCCACAAUCCCCUGCAAACCAAUCAGCUGCUGACUCAGGUUUCUGAGGUGGCGUUGCGGUAUCACUCUGGCUGUGGGCCGGAGGGGGGCGUGUCCGGCGUCUGGAGAUGCUGUUGGUCACUGCGGGUCCAAGCAAACGUUUGGGAACUGUGCUCCCGCCCCUCAGGAAUGAGCUCGGUGUGCUCUGUUCAGGAACUGCAGGCGGUUCUGGAUCUGUAUUCACGGCACGUUGGGGUCUCGAGCGCCUCCUGCGGUCACGUCCAGAACUCCUACAGUCCGUACAGCCGGUACAGUGCCUGCUGCAGACCUCUGCAGAAACCUGAGCGCCGCCCCCUACUGGACGACUCCAUCACUGGCCUGCAGUGUCGGACCAAUAAGACGCUGCGCUUCUACCUGCUGGACUCGGAGCUCAACUGGCAUCUGGCACGGAGACUCGGAGCGCCCGCCGCUCACAGCACUCUCCCUUUUAUCACCAUCAUCAACCUCAGGGACGAGACGCACUACCUGCUGAACGACACAGAUUCACUGGAGCGCUUCAUUCAGAACUUCAGCUCUCCCUACAGUCCUCUACACAGACAACUGAUUGGACAAGACCAACAACAGCAUCGCUCACAAUCCCUCAUACAGGAAGUGACCUCACACAGCUUCCUGCACACAGUCAUGGACUCACAGAGGGAUGUGUUGUUGUUGUAUUACACCGGGUGGUGUGGCUUCUGUACGGUUCUGAAUCACGUGUUUCUUCGUCUGGCUCAGCUGUUCCGGGAAAACAGUGGCGUCACUGUGGCCAGGGUGAAUGUGGCACUGAAUGAUCUGCCCUGGGAAUUCAUGGUGGAUCACGUGCCUUCCAUACUCUUCUUUCCCAGACACAGGAAACAGAUGAGUGUGAAGUUUCCAGAAAACACUCCCGCCACUCUCCCAAAUCUGCUCCGCUUCAUCCUGCAGCACACAAGCCACGCCCCCUUGCCAGGGUCAGCUGGGGAGGCGGGGUCUAAGUCUCUUCUGGAGGCAGAGCUUCGGGUAUUGCAGCAGGAAGUGUCAUCUCUGCAGCGGGCUCGAGAGGGUCUCUCUCAUCAGCUUGCUGUGCUGUGGAGGGAAAACCGCCAUCUCACGCUGCAGUCGCAUGCGCUGGAAUCCCAGAAUGCCGAGCUCCAAGCGCAGAGCGGCCGCCUGGAGACGCUGUACACAGAGAAAACCCGUCAGCUGAGCGACACCGUUCAGAGACUGCAGGAACUGGCUGAUGCGUCUGAAGAGCUGCUGAAGGAAAACUCUCUGCUGAAAGUGCUGCUGAACGCUCUGAGAGAGACAGACAGAGACACACAGACAGACAGGUAACACAGACAGAGGCAGACAGACAGACAGGUAAUACACAGAGAGAGACAGACAGAGACACACUGACAGACGGGUAACACAGAGAGAGACAGACAGGUAACACACAGAGAGAGACAGACAGAGACACACUGAAAGACGGGUAACACAGAGAGAGACACAGACAGACAGGUAACACACAGAGAGAGACAGACAGACAGGUAACACACAGAGAGAGAGACAGACAGGUAACACACAGAGAGAGAGACAGACAGGUAACACACAGAGAGAGAGACAGACAGGUAACACACAGAGACAUUUGACCAAUUUUUAAGCUCUGGUCUGUUUUAGGACCAAGUCUUUGAGUUUUUGCCGAGUUCACUGAAUGAUCAAGAUUUGCUGUUAAUUUAAUUCAAGAUGUUUUGCUGGAAUGGCAGUCGGCUGUGAUUUGUGAAAGGCAGAUGUCACGUGUCUUUGUUACAGAAAGCACAUACAUACAGGCAACACAAACUCAUCCUUGCAGCUUCAGAUAAGAAUCACUGGUCAUGAUGUAAAUAAUGUUCAGUCUCUUGCACAGGUGUCAGUAUAUCAUCAGGGAUUAAUCAAGCAGUUUUUAUAUUACAGUAAGAGUGUAUAAUACCGUUUUUAUGGAUGUGUAUUCUAAGGAAAGUCUGUGUAAAAUCACUCACACAUUCAUUGCUUUAACAUGGAAUAUUGUUGUGUUGAGAAGUGUUUCUCCAGAAUGUUGUUGCUCUUGUAUUAAAGGUUUAGUGCACACAACAUCUCGCACAUCCUGUGAAAUCACAUUUCAUUCACAAUUACUUUGACUCUGGUCAAAAGAAUGUUUUGGCAUCGAGUAACUCUACACAAACAUUGAAAUGAUAAGCGAAACACAUUUAUGCAUUUGACCCUGCAUCUGUUCCCUGUUAACAGACCCACAAGCUUUGCGUUGCUGUCACAGUGCUCUACCAAUAGACUCUAUGCACACCAGCUUCAGCAUCUGCUCAGUCACAUCCUGCACACGUAGCGUCCAUAGUAGGAUUACUGUCAGCAACAUGAGUCAAAUGAUCCAAACACUUCAUCAUACAUCCACAAUCACAAAGCUUCAUCCACAAAUAUGAUAAAAAAGUCAACUUUUGCACUUGCGUGAGGCUUGAUCACAGACGGACUCAACAAUGCUGAGUUGUAGUUCUGUCAGUUUGCUGAAAUUUGAACUUUUUGUAAACAGUUUAGCAGACAUACAUCAUCACCAGUGUUGGGAAGGUUACUUUGGAGAUCUAAUCGGUGACAGACUACAAGUUACUCUACUUUUAUAAAGUAGUUAAAUGGUAACAAUACUUGCUAGAUUUGAAAUAGAGUAAAGGUCUUUGCACACACAGUUCGAAAUUUUCAUAUACGUUUUUUUGUAUGUAGCGCUGGUUUGUACGGUGUCUCUGCGUUGUCAAAAUGCUUGGUACGUAUGCGAAAAAUGCAGAUCAUCAAAUAACCUUAUGACGGACGAAAAUAUCAGAGGCAGUGUGUAAAUGUGAUAGAAGUAAAUUUUGAACGCAAAUUUCGGACUCGAUGCAAUGGGCUUUACUGAAUACUCUUUAAUUACUUUUCUAAAUUUCUCAGGAACAUGUAAGAACUGUUUACAAUGGUCAAAUGUUUAAACCAAGCGGCGUUAACCUUACACCAGUACUCAAUACUGAUUAGUAUCUGACUUUCAAAAUCCUUCAUCACUUGAAUAAGAUUAUAAUAAACAAUAAACUAAUAUAGAGUGAUUUGUUCACUAGGUUGCGCUAUAGGUUAACAUUCAUAGGAAAAGUUCUAAACCCUCAAGAUGCAAAUAUUAAUAUGUAAAUGUGUUAAAAUAGUCUUAACAUUCUUAACUUGUCUAUGUGUUAAAGUGCAGGUGACAAACGUUUGGUUCUGCUCAUCAUUUAGAAAGAGUGAGAGCCGACAGAAAAGCUUUGUUCUAGAUGAGUGCUAACUGAGACUGUUUGAAUACACCAGGCUAGAAACCGAAUCUAUUUGAAAUAAUGUGCAGGUUAUUUUGUAUAAAAAAGUAUUUUAUUUUUAUAGUGUUGUACAUUAAAGGAAAAUAAAAGGAUUUGUGUUCAUA